AUUAUUGUUAGUGUCUGUCAAGAGUCAGGAACAACAAUAACAAAGAGCGCCAAAAUCCAUUUCUUAGAGGUCAAGCCCCGCCACAGCCAACCGAUCAAAUGCUGCAACUGUUCUUCGCGGUGGCGUUCUCGGCGGUGCCAUUGACCCUUUACGUACCGCCGAUCCGAAGCCUCAAUUUGUUCGUCGAGACCCUCGAGAAUUUGUUCCGCCAGUCCGCCCGUUACACUCUCCGUGCCUACCCCUCUAUUCGCCUCGCUGUCUCUCGGAUCUUCCACUCCCUCUUUCGGCUGUCUACGUAGAUGUCACUGCCGUCUCCCUCAUUUCUGUAAAUUUCUCAUUUUUCUUGAUUUUGACUUUUCCCCAAAUUUGUAUUGUUGUUAUUGUUGUUGAAUUUGAAUCUGUGGAGAUGGAGACGAUAGAUUUUGGUUUACACGGAUGUAUUUGUUGUUGGGAAUAACCCCUUUGAUAAUUC